CUUCCUCCUCCCCAUCCAGAGAGACUUCCCGCUGUGCCGCUUCCUAUAACGCCUCGAUAGGGAGUUGCAAUAAACAGGCACACGCACAAUCAAGCCGGGCCUCUGCCUGCUGGAUAACUGGAGGAGCGCGGUGAUUUUGCACACGCUGCUGAUGGGAACCUCGGCGAGUCAUUGUCCUCCGCUAAACGGGACAUAGUAAUAAUAGCAACAACAGACGACUGCGAGCGGGAUUGGGAAACAAGAUGAAGUUGGUGGUCCGCCUCCUCCUGCUUCUCCUGGCGGUGUGUCCUGUGUGCGGCGGUGCCGCUUCCUCUCCCAGUAAGUUUGUCUUUGCGGAGAGGGAGGACGCUCUGCUUAAGAAACUUUUCACGGGAUAUCAGCGCUGGGUCAGGCCCAUCCAGCGAGCCAACGACACCGUCAGAGUUCGCUUUGGACUCAAGAUCUCUCAGCUGGUUGAUGUGGAUGAGAAAAACCAGCUUAUGACAACAAACGUUUGGUUGACUCAGGAGUGGAUUGAUUACAAGCUGCGAUGGAGUCCAGAUGAAUAUGGAGGAAUCACCUCCAUCCGAGUUCCCUCAGAAAAUAUCUGGCUCCCAGACAUCGUCCUAUAUGAGAACGCUGAUGGACGCUUCGAGGGCUCCCUGAUGACCAAAGCCAUCGUAAAGCACAACGGUGCCAUCACCUGGACACCACCCGCCAGUUACAAGUCUGCCUGCACCAUGGACGUCACCUUCUUCCCCUUUGACCGGCAGAACUGCUCCAUGAAGUUUGGGUCGUGGACCUACGAUGGCAACAUGGUGGACCUGGUCCUGAUGGACAACCACGUUGAUCGGAAAGACUUCUUUGACAAUGGAGAGUGGGAGAUUCUCAGUGCUACUGGAGCCAAAGGAAACAGGAAGGAUGGCUUGUACUCCUACCCGUUCAUCACCUACUCCUUCAUCCUGAAGAGAUUGCCACUCUUCUACACGCUCUUUCUCAUCAUUCCCUGUUUGGGUUUGUCCUUUCUUACUGUCCUUGUGUUUUACCUUCCCUCUGAUGAAGGAGAGAAGCUGUCACUCUCCACCUCUGUCCUAGUGUCCCUCACUGUGUUUCUUUUGGUCAUAGAGGAGAUCAUCCCCUCCUCCUCCAAAGUAAUCCCUCUCAUCGGAGAAUAUUUGCUCUUCAUCAUGAUCUUCGUCACCCUUUCGAUUAUCGUCACCGUCUUCGUCAUCAAUGUGCACCACCGCUCCUCGGCCACCUAUCACCCAAUGUCGCCAUGGGUUCGCAGUCUCUUCCUGCAGAAAUUGCCCAGACUGCUUUGCAUGCGAGGACACACGGACCGGUACCACUACCCGGAACUGGCUCCGGAAAGUCCUGAACUGAAGCCUCGCUCUGGAAGUCGGAGGGGAGGUUGGAAGACGAGCAGCGGAGCAUGUGGACAGGCAGCUUCUGAUGGGAAGGAGGAAGAAGCUUGGGCCACCAUGUUGGAGAAGGCCAUCUACUCGGUGCGGUACAUCAGCAGACACAUCCGUAAAGAGCACUUCAUCCGCGAGGUGGUUCAAGACUGGAAGUUUGUUGCCCAGGUGUUAGACCGGAUCUUCCUCUGGGCUUUCCUUACUGUCUCUAUUCUGGGCACCAUACUCAUCUUCACUCCAGCCUUGCAGAUGUUCCUGAAAAUCCCUCCUCCAACUGCAACUGAGGAGCCGCCUCUACACCAGUAAACAUCUCCAUCUCUUUCUCUGGCAGCUCAAGGUCUUCACUCCAAAAUUUAUAAGUUACAAGUGAGCAAGAAGAAGACACCAUCAAAGACUAUAAAGUCCUCUGACCACAUUUAUAUAUUGCUAUAUGUAUGUUUCAAGCACAAAAUAACAUUUCACAAACCGAUGAUGGAGCAUUUUAAUGGUCACACAUGCUCACUCUUUAUGACUGAAUGAAUGCUGAUGUUUAAUAAACUGGAACCUAGAGAGCAAAACAGAAAAAAAGAUAUGCAUAUAGUGUAAAAGCUGGAUUUAUGCAUCACUUGCUCAAAUAAUUUCUGUUUGGAUGUUUGUUUUUCUAUGUUUACAACCUGCAUAACAUCUCUUUAUCAAGUUGAAAACAGCCAAUUAAGACUCCCAGAAAAUCAGAUUCUUAAAUCCUUGGCACUGAAUGCCAAUUAACACCAAAACAUGUCUUCUUGCUUAUCCUAGUUUCUAGCAGCAUAAUUAAACUACCGUACAUGUUCACUACC